GGGGCCUGCCCGCCUGCCCGCCGCCCUCCUGCCAGGAUACCCCACGGGUGCCUUUGGAGAUGGCUGAUCAGACGGAGCCCCGAGAAGAGCCUUGGGCCCAGGACCAGGUGCCGCCUGUCGAAGAAAGAGCCCCAGACAAUGGCUCAGGAGACGAAUGGAUGAUCCGGAAGGUGAAGGUGGAAGAGGAGCAGGAGGAAGGGGCGGAGGAGGAGGAGUGGUCCCGGCACCUCCCGCAGCUCUUGCCGGCUCCGGACCUGGGGACCCUGGCGGCCACCCCUUGCAAGCUGGAGCCCGGCGGGCUGGGGCCCCUGGCCGGGCUGGCCCUGCCGCCCUGGCCCCCGGCCGGGGAGAAGCCCUUCGGCUGCGGCGAGUGCGAGCGGCGCUUCCGGGACCAGUUCACCCUGCGGCUGCACCAGCGGCUGCACCGGGGGGAGGGCCCGUGCGCCUGCCCCGACUGCGGCCGCAGCUUCGGCCAGCGGGCCCACCUGCUCGCCCACCAGCGCAGCCACCGGGGCGAGCGGCCCUUCCCCUGCCCCGAGUGCGGGAAGCGCUUCAGCAAGAAGGCCCACCUGGUGCGGCACCAGCGGACGCACACCGGCGAGCGGCCCUACCCCUGCCCGGACUGCGGCAAGCGCUUCAGCCAGAAGAUCCACCUGGGCUCCCACCAGAAGACCCACACGGGCGAGCGGCCCUUCCCCUGCCCCGAGUGCGAGAAGCGCUUCCGCAAGAAGACCCACCUGAUCCGCCACCAGCGCAUCCACACGGGCGAGCGGCCCUACCAGUGCGCCCAGUGCGGCCGCAGCUUCACCCACAAGCAGCACCUGGUGCGGCACCAGCGGGUGCACGCCGCCGCCGCCCCCGCCGCGCCCGGGGACCCCGCGCCCUCGCCCGCCCCCUCCCCGCCGGGGCCCAAGCCCUUCGCCUGCGCCGACUGCGGCAAGCGGUUCGGCUGGAAGAAGAACCUGGCCUCCCACCAGCGGCUGCACCGCGAAGGCCGCCCCUUCCAGUGCGCCGAGUGCGGGCGCGGCUUCGGCGACAAACGCCACCUGGCCGCCCACCUGCGCACCCACGCCGGCGUCAAGCCCUUCGCCUGCCCGCACUGCGGCAAGGGCUUCAGCCACAAGCCCAACCUGACCACCCACCAGCGCACCCACACGGGCGAGCGCCCCUUCGCCUGCCCGGACUGCGGGCGCGGCUUCACCCACAGCCAGCACCUGGUCCGGCACCGGCGGGUGCACACCGGCGAGCGGCCCUUCGCCUGCGCCCAGUGCGGCCGCCGCUUCAGCUCCCGGCCCAACCUCAUCGCCCACACCAAGGCCCACAGCGGGGCCCGGCCCUUCGCCUGCCCGCAGUGCGGCCGCGGCUUCAGCCGGAAGUCCCACCUGGGCCGGCACCAGGCGGUGCACACCGGCACCCGGCCCUACGGCUGCGCCAUCUGUGGCAAGAACUUCGGCUCCAAGACCAACCUCGUGCGCCACCAGGCCGUGCACACGGGCUCCCGGCCCUUCCCCUGCCCCCAGUGCGGCAAGAGCUUCAGCCGCAAGACCCACCUGGCCCGGCACCAGCGCACCCACGGGACCACCCUGGAGGGCCUCGCCCCCGAGCUCCCCGCCUGGCCCGCCCCGGCCCUGCCCCCUCCGCCGGCCCUCUUCCUCUGAGCCCGCCGGGCCGUCUCGUCCCGUUCCAACGCCCUGACCCCGUCCGAGCCGUGACGGCCUCCUCGUGCCCCCCUCUUGCCGGCGCCCCCUCCGGCCGCCCUCCGACCCCACCCCGGGGCCCCCUCCUCCCUGUUUCGUGCCCCGCGUCCUCCGCCCUCGUCUCCUCUGCGGAGUGUGCUGGGAGCCGGAUGAGGUGGAGGGGAGAGGG